AGGUGAUGGACACUUUCUUCCACUCUUGAUGCUUUUUUUGGGUUCAUCAGAGUUCACUGAACCAGAAACAACCAGUUUCAGAAAAACUACAAUUUUUUUCUUCUCUUACUCACUGAGAUUGCCAAAAAAGACAAUACAACUGUCUCUGAUUCACCUUCUUGUGUUGUGUGUUAAAGUGAUUAUUGCAAAAAAACAAACUUUAGAGGACCACUCACAAAGACAAUAUAGUCCAUAGUUUGAUGUUUGAACUGGUUUGUUAAGAUAUCAUGAAUUGGGUUUUGUUUUGUUUCUUCCAAAUUUUUACCCUUUUGUUUUUUAUCUUUUUCUGUUCAUAAAGCAUCGAACUUUAUGAGUUUUCUGAAGUGGGUUUUGUGUUUGGAAUUCUGGGUUUGCUUCAAUUUUUGCUUUUGAGUCUUUGGUUGUUCAGUUUUUUUGAAUGUUCUACCAAAGAAGUGGUUUUUAGUUUUUCCUUGAAUCCUUAUUGAAAAAAAGUUGGUGAAUUUUUUUUCAAGGAUGUCUGUGAAUGGAAGAGUUUCUGGUUCAAAUGGAAGAUUGUCACAGAAAAUCAAAUCUAGGAAAGGAAAUGAGUCUUCUUUACUUGUGUCUAAUUCUACUUGGACGUGUUUGUGGAAACAGUUUCUCUUUUGGGUUUUUGUUGCUAUAGGGAGUGUUUGGUUUAUCUUUAAUAGUUUCAAUUAUAAGCCUUUGACUAAUGAAGCAGCUUGUGAAAAAAGUACACAAGACUUGUUACAACGUUACAAUGUCAGUAGAGAGCAGCUUCAUGCUUUGGCUUCCUUGUUCUCUGGAUCAGAUCAGAUUUUGUCCAACUGUAUUGAUGAAAAAAGGCUUCAAAUACUGUUAAGCAGUGGCAUAGUCAAUACUCCACAUUCAAUUUGUCCGAAGGAGAGUAGAUGUGUUGAAGAGUCUCUAGAACAAUGCCCGGUUCGUGAUGAUUUCGUUGAGGCAAGGACUGGAUUACCAUUCUCAUACCCGUGGAAAACAUACGUGACAUUGGAUUUUGCGCCGUGGUCCAAGUUGGUUAAUGUUUUGCUCUGUGGGAUUGUUAUUGUAAUUAUAAUGUCGCUCAAGUUGUCUGGCUUCUGUUUAAUAAGUAGGAGUCGAAGGGAGAAGCUAGGUCAAGAUAAUUCUACUGGUCAACACAAGCCGCUUCAACAUUUGAUGCAUGGUCAUUCGAAGGCUUCUGGGAGGUGGAGGAAAAAGUUGCUAGAUAUUUUCGUCUCACUUGGAAUUGUCGGUUCCGUGUGGCUAUUUUGGUACCUGAGUUCCGACAUUGUGCAAAGAAGAGAAGAAAUGCUUGCCACUAUGUGUGAUGAACGAGCUGGUAUGCUGCAAGAUCAAUUUAACGUGAGCUUGAACCAUGUUCACGCUCUCGCUAUUCUUGUGUCUACGUUUCAUCAUGGUAAACAUCCUUCUGCAGUUGACCAGAAUAUUUUCGGAGAAUAUACCGAGAGUUCCGCGUUUGAGAGACCACUUACUAGUGGCGUUGCUUAUGCUUUGAAAGUUCUGCAUUCAGAUAGGAUGAAUUUUGAGAAGCAGCAUGGGUGGACAAUUAAGAAAAUGGAAACCGAGAACGAGGCAUUAGUUCAAGAUUGUAUUCCAGAAAACUUGGAUCCGGCGCCCAUUCAAGAUGAAUAUGCACCGGUCAUAUUUGCUCAAGAAACUGUUUCUCAUAUUGUAUCUAUUGACAUGAUGUCAGGGAAGGAAGAUCGGGAGAAUAUUUUGCGAGCAAGGGCUUCCGGAAAGGGUGUUCUGACAUCCCCUUUCAAGCUUCUAAAGUCUAACCACCUAGGCGUUGUGCUUACAUUUGCUGUCUAUGGCUCUAAGCUUCCUCCAGAUGCUACACCCGAACAGCGUAUCGAAGCUACUGUCGGGUAUUUGGGCGCAUCUUAUGAUGUUCCAUCACUUGUGGACAAGCUUCUUCACCAACUUGCCAGCAAGCAAACCAUUGUUGUUAAUGUUUAUGACACAACUAAUGCAUCUGCGUAUAUUACAAUGUAUGGUACCGAUGUUGUUGAUACUGGCCUACUACACGUAAGCGGUCUAGAUUUUGGGGAUCCGCUACGAAAACAUGAGAUGCAUUGCAGGUUCAAGCAUAUGCCUCCAUUUCCUUGGAUGGCAUUCAAUGCAUCUGUGGCGGUAUUUGUUAUUACCUUGCUUCUUGGACAUAUAUUUCAUGCGGCAAUAAAUCGAAUAGCUCAAGUAGAGGAUGACUAUCGUCGGAUGAAAGAGCUCAUGGUUCGCGCUGAGGCUGCAGAUGUCGCAAAAUCUCAGUUUCUUGCGACAGUUUCGCAUGAGAUCAGGACUCCAAUGAAUGGUGUUUUAGGUAUGCUGCAAAUGUUGAUGGAUACUGACCUCGAUGACAAUCAGAUCGAUUGUGCCCAAACUGCUCAUGACAGUGGUAAAGAUCUUAUAUCGGUCAUAAGUGAGGUUCUUGAACAAGCUAAGAUCGAAGCAGGAAGACUUGAACUCGAAUCUGUAGCUUUUCAUCCACAUGCUAUUCUCGAUGAAGUUCUAUCACAUUUCUCUGAAAAAGCCAUUGAAAAACGAAUUGAGUUGGCUGUUUACGCGUCCAACCAAGUACCUCAGGUUGUCAUCGGCGAUCCUAAACGCUUCCGGCAAAUAAUUACCAAUCUUGUCGGAAACUCACUUAAGUUCACUCACGAUAAAGGACAUGUUUUUGUGUCGAUUCAUCUUUCAAACGAAGUGAAGAAUCCACUUCAUAUCAUGGAUCCAGUGCUGAGAGAAGGCUUAAACACGAGCCACGAUAUAUCAGAAGGAUCAUGUAACACGUUGAGUGGAUUUCCUGUAGGCAACAGAUGGAAAAGCUGGGAAAAUUUUAAGAAGUUAAAUUUGGCGGAUGAAUCUGAAACUAUUCAACUACUAGUAACGGUUGAGGACACUGGUAUCGGAAUUCCUACCGAUGCACAAAGCCGCAUAUUUACACCUUUUAUGCAGGCUGAUAGUUCUACAUCUCGAACAUACGGUGGAACUGGAAUAGGAUUGAGCAUUAGUAAAUGUCUAGUUGACCUCAUGGGAGGAGAAAUUGGAUUUGUAAGUGAGCCUGAAAUCGGAAGUACUUUUUCGUUUACUGGAAAUUUCAGAAAAGGAGUAACCGAAUCUCGGGAUGAUAAGUUGCAGAAGAACAAUCCCGAGUUUCAAGGAUUGAAAGCAUUAGUAGUAGAUAGAAGAAAAGUUCGAGCCGAGGUUACACGAUAUCACCUACAGAGGUUAGGGAUGUGUGUGGAUGUAAAAUUCCAUCUAUCCGAAACUUGCAACUCAAGUAUGUCAGUACAGUUGGCCAUGAUUCUUAUAGAGAAGGAUUCUUGGGACAAGGAAAGUAGUAGCUUAUUUGAAAUCAAGAAACACGAACACAAUGGCAUCAAAGAGGACCCGUUAAAAUUUUCAAAGAUUUUUCUCCUGUCCGCCCAUCUAAGCUUCAGCGAACGCAACGAGCUAAAGUCAGUUGGUAUCAUAGAUGAUAUACUAAUGAAGCCUCUUUGGCUAAAUGCUUUGAUUCGAUACUACAGGUCAUCGUCCGGAGCUGGGAGAAAGCAAAUCACUAGAAAGAAAUUAUCCAAACUUGGAAAUUUAUUAACACACAAACGAAUUUUGGUGGUUGAUGAUAAUGCGGUGAACCGAAAAGUUGCAGAAGGUGUUCUGCGAAAAUACGGAGCAGUAGUAACCUGUGUUGAGGGCGGUAAGGUUGCUCUAAAGAUGCUUAAACCACCGCAUAAUUUUGAUGCUUGUUUCAUGGAUCUCCAAAUGCCAGAAAUGGAUGGUUUUGAGGUGACGAGGCAAAUCCGGUAUAUGGAGAACGAGGUAAAUGAAAAACUCGCUCGCGGGCAAGCAUCGGCAGAGACUUUUGGCAACAAUUCUCAUUGGCACACUCCAAUAUUAGCUAUGACAGCUCAUGUAACUCCGGCAUCAAAUGAAGAAUGCAAAAAAUGUGGGAUGGACGACUACGUGUCAAAGCCAUUCGAAGAAGAGCAACUCUAUAUGGCAGUCGCACGCGUCUUCAAUUUCGGGUCAUAGCAUGAAAGUAACAUCUAUUAUCGACACCCUGCAGUACUAGCUACACACAACAGCUGAUGUUAACUCGGUCUUCGGUUGAAGAAUUCAGCGUAACGGAUCUCAGCUACGACCUUAUGUAGUUACUAAAGUUGAUAUCGACUACAAUAUAUUACUCUGACAAGUAUCAACCGCGCUAAUCAUCGUUCGUUGCAGGGGAAGGGGAGUUCAAGAGGAGUCAUAAUUCAACUAUGUACAUGUUCCACAUCGAUUAUUUUUUCGUUGUGUAGUCGAUUCGAGCAAGUAGAUUAUAAGGUAAAAUGUAAAUAGUUAUGUGAUGAUUUAUUCAUUUUUUGGGGGCAAAGGUUGUAAGUAACAUGUUGUAAAGUUCAGUUAUUACACAAUAAAGAAGUAUGGGAUAUAUGUAUCAA